AUGAAAAUUUUUGAGUUAAUAAAACCACAAACAUCAGAAGUCUCCGCUAAGAACGUGGUAAAUUUAACAAUAUAUAUCGAGGCACAAUGUCCGGAUACCUCCCGCUUUGUUCACCGACAAUUUUUACCAACAUGGCAAGAAUUGUCCGUAACAAAUAGGAUUUCGAUUAAAAUUGUACCUUUUGGCAAAGCGAAAUGUUACUCAGUUGGUACUGACUACAGGUAA